AUGUGGCUUUCCAUAUUGGUUCCUGAAACCAUUGGGACGUGCAGAUACAGUUUAGGAGAUGAUGAUGCUUCAAGGGUUUCGAAUGAAGAUAGGCGGGAAAACAUACCAAAGGAUCAGAAUGACUUGUUGGGUCAGGCUCAAACCUACAUUUUAACAGAAGAGUACAACUUGGUGGAGGUGGAUCUCAAAUUUGAUAUGACCCAAGCCCCUGUAAGAAUAAGUUAA